UACAAGUCGUUACGUUAUUCGGUCCUACUGAUCACACACUCACACGCUCGUACGUAUCAUCGUCUGCAGGAAAAUUCUUAAUAAGGUUUCCAAGUGCGCAAAUCCCGUUACCGAAUUUGACGUUUUUUUUUUUUAAUUUGUCUAUAGUAGUAGUUCACCGCACCGGCCGUCUUUUUAGUGUUCUUUUGUUCCAUUUUCCUUCUCUCCUACCCGCGACGGGCAUAUGCGAACAAACUGAAGUGUCGCGCAAACGACCCAAUGGCAGAAAUCGAGACCACAUUAAUUAAUGUCGACAGCGCCGAGAGCACCUGUGAUAAGAGAAAACUGUCUCCGGACGUCAGUUCGGAACAAGCAGUGAAAAGGAUAAAAGACAACAAGUCGGCACCAGACACACUCUGCCAGUGCCCUCAAAAGUGUUCGGAACGGGUGCCGCAAAAGGCCAAAGACGAACUGUUCAAAAUGUUCGGAGAAAUGGAAAACGAAGAUGUUCAAAAUAAAUUUCUACAAAAGUUUAUUGAAGCGCGACCCGUUGCGAACAGACUGUUCAGCAAAGAAACCACAGCUAACGGUAAACUACUGCGAAGGAUUCAUUGUAAAUAUCGAAUCCCUUCAAUAGUGACAGACGACUUUUUGACGAAUGUAAACUAUGACUCUGAUAAGGACGAUGAUUCCGAUUUUGAUGAAACAUCGUCAGUAACGUCACUGGACUCCAAAGAAGAAAAUGACAAACCCUUGGAAAGUGAUACGAUAGAAACAUCUAGAAGAUCAUUAAGCCGUUAUAAUUGCGUUGAUGUCUGUCAAAAAGCAUUUCUUAACUUAUUUGGCUUAUCAGACAAACGAUUGAAAACGGUCAGGGAAUUGUUGAUAAUUAAGGCACGUCAAAAACACAUGAAGAGAAUGAUGGAGAAAGAGGAAAACCAGAUAGAAGUUUCAUUAGCAAAAGAUCUAGCGCAAGGUUGUUUGCCGUUGAUGGCGCUUUUCAACAAAGAAGAUAGCAAGAAAGUAUCUGAUCAAUUGAUGACUGCGAUAAGUAACGAUAUAAAUUUGGUCAAUAACUUUUUUUGCAACCAAUUAUGGAAACCAGAGUACAUUAACCAAAAGCCAUCUGAAUGAGUAAAUUCUAAUUAAAAUAAAAACACAACUUGAUCAGGGUAGUACCUAUUUUUUUUGUAAGCGUUUACACUUGCAAAUCUUGGGUAAAACUCUGAACAAUUUUUAAUUCAAAUUCAGGGAAAAUUACUCACAUUGUAGUUAACAUUUGCUACAAAAACUAAUAUGUUCACUAAGAUCGUAACUUAUGACUUAUAUUUUUCUAAUAAUAUAUAUAAUGAAAUUUCUUAAUAUAUUUUUUUUUUAAUUAAGCAGUUAUAAAUUUUGUGAACAAUGAUAGUUGUACACUACAAACAUGUAAUUUAUUAAUCGUUAAGAAUUUAAAUAAAAGAAUAGAUUUAGAAGUGUUAUUACACAAUUUAUGUUGCAAGUAAUGCUUCAUAUGUUUACUAAAACAAACGAUUUUCAAAAUAGUACAAAUAAAUAGAAUUAGUGAAAUGUAAUGGUAGCAUUACAUUGAAUUUCGUAAUGUUUAUAUAUUUUAUACUAUAUAUAAUAAAAAUUAUUGUGAUGUCUUAUUAAAUAUAUAACUAAAAACACCUAGUUUUGUUUAAGCAAGUAAAUUGAAU